CCCCGAUGGCGCAUCCUGGUCCUCCGGGGACCCCGAUGGUGCAUCCUGGCCCUCCGGGGACCCCGAUGGCGCAUCCUGCCCCUCCGGGGACACCGAUGGCCCAGCCUGCAGCUCCGGGAGUCCUGAUGGCUCAGCCUCUGACUCCGGGGGUCCUGAUGGUCCAACCUGCUGCUCCGGGAGCCGCGAUGGCCCAGCCUCCGCCCCCGGCAGCCUUGAUAGCACAGCCUCCACCUCCGGGAGCCGCGAUGGCCAAGCCUCCAGGUCCAGGAGUCCUGAUGAUUCAUCCUUCGGGUUCGAGAGCUCCGAUCCACCAGCCUGCAGCCUCGCCGGCCCCGAUGGCACAGCCGACAGCCCCACCGGGGCAGCCUCUGGCGUCCUGGGCCCCGCAGGCUCAGCCUCUGAUUCUGCAGAUCCAGUCCCAGGUUAUAAGGGCUCCUCCGCAGGUUCCCCAGGGCCCGCAGGCGCCGCCGGCGCAGCUGGCCACACCCCCGGGCUGGCAGGCCCCCUCUCCGGCCCCCCAGAUGCGGGCGGCCCCCCAGAUACGGGCGGCCCCCCAGGUGCGGAUGGCCCCCCAGGUGCCCACGGCCCCCCCGGCAUCGCAGGUGCCCACGGUGCCUCCCACUAGUCUGCAGGUGCCCCAGGCUGCGCUGUCGGCCCCUCUGUCGGCCCCACAGGCUGUGCACUGCCCACCCAUCAUCUGGCAGGCCCCCAAAGGCCAAGCCCCGGUGCCACAGGAGAUGCCGGUGUCGAUGGAGUUCCAGGAGGUGCAGCAAGCCCAGGCGCUGGCCUGGCAGGCCCCCAAGGCCCCUGGGCCCUUCUGGCAGCCCCUGCCCGCCCAGGAGGCCCAGAGGCAGGGCCCUCCACUGGUGCAGGUGGAGCAGCCCUUUCAGGGGGUCCCCGCCUCCCAAAAGGCGCUGCAAAUCCAGCUACCCCCCCAGCAGGCCCCGCCGCCGGGUCCGCAAGCAGAGCUGCCCCAGGUGCAACUCCAGCCCUCCUGGCAGGGCCUCCCAGCCGCCCUGCAGGGCCAACCCGGAGCCCCCCUAGCAGCGGCAAAUUUUCCCAUGGGCUCUGCCAAAUCACUGAUGACUCCAUCAGGGGAAUCCCGGGCUUCUUCGAUAGACCGUAGGACCUCGUCGAAGGAGCGUCGGACCUCGUCGAAGGAGCGCAGGGCUUCUUCCAAGGACCGCAUGAUCUUUGCCGCCACUUUCUGUGCCCCCAAGGUGAUGCCGGGGGGCCGAGCACACCUGCCACCUGCCUGGAAGAACUUUCCUGCAACACCAGAGCCCUACACUGCCACCCCCAGGGGCUUCCCAGCUACCUCCCAGUUCCAGCCUGCCUCUGCUAAUGCCUUCAAGGGCCUGCCUGCCCUCACCGAGCCCCCAAAGUCACUGCCAUUUGCUCCCAAGGAUCCCUUUGCCUAUGCCGAGGCCCUGCCUUCAGUCCCCUGGGUCCCCCAGCCCACUGUGAAUCCUCCCAGGGCGUCCCAGGCGGCGCCCACCAUGCUGAUGGCUACAGCAGCUGCCCCCCAGGCCAUGGCCAUCCCUCAGGAGGCCUCGAAGACCCCCAAUGAGCCUCCGCGUCGCUCGGGCAAGGCCACCAGGAAGAAGAAACACCUGAACACUGAAGAGGACACCAGUGGCCGGAUGCUGGCCCUGCGUGGCUGGCAGGCCCCAAGGCCCUGGGAAAACAUGGACUUUAAUGACUGGGAGGUUGAAAACCCUCUCCAGGUUCUGGGUGACUGGGAGGACCCAAUCCCCUCCUAUAAUCUGAGUGGCUGGGAGGGCGCCAGCACCUCCAGGAUCUUGAGUGGCUGGGAGGGACCAGGCACAUCCUGGGCCAUGAGUGCCUGGGAGGGUCCGAGCACCUCGAGGGCCCUGGGUCUCUGGGAAAGCCGAGGUGGCCCUCAGUCUCUGAUGCUCUCUGAGGUCCCUGGGCUCCCUAUGGGGUUUGGUGCCAGUCAGGAUGAGGCCAAGGAGGAGACUGAGCCGUUGUCUCCCCUGGAUGAGAGAGCAAACGCUCUGGUGCAGUUUCUCUUGGUCAAGGACCGAGCCAAGGUGCCCAUCAAGCGCUCAGAGAUGGUGAGGUUCAUCAUCCGUGAAUACAAAGAUGAGUGCUUGGAAAUAAUCAAACGUGCCAACCACAAGCUGGAGUGUGUCUUUGGGUAUCAAUUGAAGGAAAUUGAUCCCCAGACCCACUCUUACAUUAUCAUCAACAAGGUGGCGGGUCCUCUGGGUGCACCGGCGGUGGCAUCCUACUUAGAGACCCCCAAGUUUGGCCUCCUGAUGGUGGUCCUGAGCCUCAUCUUUAUGAAGGGCAAUUGCAUCAGGGAGGACCUGCUCUAUAGUUUCCUGUACAAGCUCGGGGUGGAUGUCCGGGAGACCCACGGUCUCUUCGGAAACGCAAAGAAGCUCAUCACUGAAGUGUUUGUGAGGGAGAAGUACUUAGAGUACAGGCGAGUCCCCAACACUGAGCCAGCCCAGUACGAGUUCCUCUGGGGCCCCCGAGCAUUCCUGGAAACCAGCAAGAUGCUGGUGCUCAAGUUCCUGGCCAGGCUCCAUAAGAAAGAUCCACAGUACUGGCCUUUCCAGUACUUCGAAGCCCUGGAAGAGUGUGAGUCCGAGGAUUCGGACAAGGAUGAGCCAGGGCCCGACGAGGGGGCUGAGGGUCCGCCCGGCAGCCCCCCUCCCCGCUAAGGAGAUCUAACAGAUAUCUCCGAUCCCUUGUGUCCCCCGGCCAAAGGCCACUUACAGGGUUGUGUGUGUGCGUGGGGGGGGGGUGUUGUUUUGUUUCUGGUGUUUAUGUUCCAGUUCUAUGUGUGUAAAUUUGGAUUUCCACUUGGUUUCGUAUCUGCCAAAGCUUUGUACAUCUUCAUGUGGUGUUGAUUUCAACUGGCUACUGUUCUUCUUGGUAUUCUGGCACUUGUAUUUUUAAGUGAGAUCUGUGAUUCUCUGUUUUGUGUUAUAAUUGUUCUGUUUUGGUAUCAGAGUUGUGCUGGCUUUGUGAAAUGAAUUGAAAAAGCUACCCAUCUCACCCCGGUACACAUUAUGUAGUGUUGAAAUAGGCUGUUCUUUGAACGUCAAAAUGACUCAUCAGUAAAGCUGUCUGCAGAGAAAUAAAUAUCUAUAUCUAUAUAUAUAAAUAUACUUUCAGCAUAA